AUGAGUAAAAAACGAACCCAAAGAUGUGAAGAUAUUGGUUGUAACAAUAAAGAAGAGGUGCGAAAGAGAAUGGAAAAGUUUUCAAUAGAACCCUAUGAUGAAAAAUUGAACUGGGAGGAUUAUGAAGCUCACUUCCAAUUGAUGUGCAAGGUAAAGGGAUUGGGUGAUGACAGUGAUGAAACUGAGGAGGCCAGAAGGGAUCUUCUUCUAGCAUAUGUUGGACCUGUACCCCUCAAAAAGGUAUCUAACUUUGUUUUACCUAGGAAAAUUUAUGACAUACCAAUGACUGAACUGCUUGAUACAUUUCGGUGUGUUUAUAAACCUAGUAAAACAAUCUUUGCAGCGAGACUAGACUUUGAAAAAUGUGUGAGAGGAAAUGAUGAGAGUUUUUCAAAUUUCGUCUUACGUUUAAAAGAGUUAGCCUCCUACUGUAAAUACGACAGGUAUUUUGAGGAAAGAGUAAGGGAUAGAUUUGCUGGUGGCGUUAACUUUCCACAGUUUGAAGUUGAAAUCAGGCAAAGGUGGCCAGAAGGCAUAAAUAAAGAUGGUUCACGUUUAACUUUAAAUGAGCUGGUAGAUUUAGCUGAAGCGAUGGAUAGAGCUAAGCGGGAAAUGAAUAUUUUAGAAGAAGCUAUGCCUGUAAUUAACAAGGUACAUAACUAUGAUAAGAAAAAUAGAUCUUUGGCAAAAGAAACAUACAGGCAUUCUACAGAAGAUUGUAAUCGGUGUGGACUAGUACACAAUGGAGAAAUUUGUCCAGCUCAAAAGUCUAAGUGUUUUUCAUGUGGAAUGCAAGGUCAUUUCUCACGGCAAUGUGGAACCAAAAAGACAAAACAAUGUCACUUCUGUGGAAAGAUGGGUCAUUUUCCGCGACAUUGUCGUUCAAAAAAGGCCUAUUUGAACCAAAUCAACGACACAGACAUAACAUCUGAGGAAGAAGAGGUACAGUUAGGAAUUUCUGAACUUAAACCUAAUAGGAAGAUCCCAAGAGCACAAAUUAAUGUUACCCUAAAUGAAGUACCAACAACCAUGGAGUUUGAUUCAGGAGCUAGAGCAUCGAUGAUUGAUGCACCCCUGUGGAAACAAAUUGGAUCACCAAAUUUGAGGGCAUGUAAAACAAAAUUUGUCGCUUAUGGAAACAAUACCCUGGAUGUUUUAGGAGAGUGUGAAGUUAACGUUAAAGUUGAUGGACGGAUUAGGAAUCUUAAGGCUGCUGUGGUAAAUGGAAACGAAUCUCCUUUAUUUGUAUUACCAUGGAUGCUUGCCUUCAACAUGAAAUUACCACCUAGUGUUACGAUUCGUAAGUUGGAUAACACCCAUAAGGAUGAAAAUGCGUCUAUAGUAACCGAAGAGGAAAUUAACCAAGUUAUUUCAGAGUUUAGUGAUGUAUUUAAGAAAGAAUUGGGAACAAUUAAAGGCUAUCAGGCGAAGAUACAUGUUAAGAGUGACUCAGAGCCUAGGUGUUUUCCUGCUCGCAGAGUGCCUUUUCCACUAAGAAGUAGAGUUGAGCAAGAACUAAACAGACUGGUAAGUGACGGUGUUAUAGAAAAGGUAGACCCUUCCAAAACUCCUAUCGAAUGGGCAACACCAACAGUAAAUGUUGAGAAGGAAAAUGGCACAAUUAGAAUAUGUGGAGAUUUUCGGGUAACCUUAAACCCAAACAUCAUUACCCAUACAACACUUUUGCCAACUUUUGAGGAACUGACGAAUAAAGUAUCUCGAGGGAAGCAGUAUUCAGUUGUCGACUUGAGAGAUGCAUAUCUCCAAAUGGAAGUAUCGGAGGAAGACAGAAAAUAUCUGAUAAUAUCCACACACGUUGGAUACUAUAGAUACAAGAGACUGCCAUUUGGUAUAACCUCCAGCCCAGGUAUCUUUCAGGAAUACAUGGAGAAGCUCCUUGAAGGCAUACCACAAGUGGGGGUACUUCUACAUGAUGUAAUCAUUACGGGCCGAAACAAAGAAGAACAUCUCAUGAACUUAAAGGAAGUAUUAAAACGAAUGGGUGAAGCAGGGCUAAAAGCGAAGAAAGAAAAAUGUAGAUUCAUGCAGAAUUCAGUCACCUAUCUUGGACACAUUAUCGAUGAACAGGGUAUCCAUCCGACAAAAGAGAAGAUGAAGCAAUACAAAAGGCACCUAAACCUACAAAUGUCAAACAGCUUAGGUCUUUUUUAG